CCGCGUGUGUGUGCUUGCGUGUGUGCGCUACCAUCAUCCGUGGUGAUGGGUGACGAGCUGGACAUGAAUUUUGGGGGUUUGCGGGACAAGAAUGAGAUCAUCCGAAAGUACGUAGAUAAUCUAAACCGUCUGCGGCAUCUGGCGGCUCGACGCGGCCAAAUCAGUGAGAGCGAGUUCAACAACUACCUGAUCCGGCACUACUUCCACAACAACAACAUCAUCAACUACAUCUUCGACAAGCACACAAGCCGCACCCUGCUGAAGACGGUGAUUGAGCGGAAGAAAAAGAUUAUUAACUUUAUCUUUCUGCUGGUAACGCUGUUUGUCGUGUUCUCGUACAAGCAUGAGGUGUCGACGAUCGUGCUGCGCAAUAUUCAAAGCUUCAUAUAUCCGGGAAUGCGCUUCUGGCGGAAGGCGACCGUACCGAUCAUUGCGUCAUAUCCGGCGCUCACCGAGUACUACGACGAAAGCUGUCUGCUGACCAAUCCGUACUUUCAGGUAGAAAAUCUCAACUGUGAUCCGUGCGCGGACGUGGCGAACGUGCUCGAUUUCACCGCCGUGCACGAACCGCGCUCGUCGCUGGCCGCUUCGACCGCUGUCAAUUAUCCGUACAUUUUCAAAACACAAAAAGAGCUGGUCGACAUCGGUAGUUUGCAAGCGCUGGUCGAACAGCACCGGUCAGUCUUUACCAAGGAUGCGUACCGGGUACAAUCGACAGACGAUGCCAUCCACAAUCUGGACGAUCUGUUUCGGGUGUUUGCAAACGUUAGCGGAACCACCGGUGGUAGUGGUGCCCGUGGCACAAAUGCACCCGAAAGUCAUAACGUUUGGCGUUGCAACCGGAUGGAACCGGCACGGUUGCUGCGUAGGUUGUUUCCCCGGCCUAAUCGACUACCAGCGACGGGCGUUAGUUUGGAACGGUACCUGCUAAUCGAUACACCUCAGGCACCGCUGUACAGUGUGCCCGAUGCGGAGUGUGCCAACAUGUUCGUGAUCCAGGGUAGCGGUAGCCGAACCUUUAUGUUACGACCUACGCAGGAAUGUAGACAUCGCUGCCGAACACUUUCUGUGCGGUUGCCACCUUACUAUGGAUUGAUCUACAACUGGUGGUACUGGAGGCCAGUAUCAUUACCAGAAUUCACCGCAAAAACCCCAUCGAUUAGCUAUGUAGGCAGUUACUGUUGAAAACACGCAAA